AUGAGUGCCAUCGGCAGCCAAAGGCUGGCCACCGCGCCAGACCGCCCAAGUCACAGGCGCAACCGAUCUGCGACCACCAUCAAGUCCAUUCUCACCGGCCUCAAUCACAAGCGCUCGCCCUCCGACGGCACCGCUCUCGCGGUUCCCGACCCCAAGGACGCCCGCCGGCCCAGGAGCUCUCAGGCUGCAAUGGCUUCGAUGCCCGUGUUGCCGCCCGACCACCCGCACGCGCAGCGCGUGCUCGGCGAAAUCCACAACCAGCCCGGUGGUCCCGCGUCGCCCCGGAAAUCCAAGGACGGUCGCGACGGCAGGAUGCGCGGCCUGCACAAAAAGACCCUCAGCACCGUCUCCCUCCGCUCGCUCGCCAAGGAGAGGGAAAAGUCCAAGGACGGCGCCAAAGAUGAGCAAAAGGAUUAUUUGCGACCGCGCAGCGAGGACAAGAUGAAAAAGCCAAAGUCCUCGACCAGCCUUUCCGCCGUCUUCUCCAAGGCCAAGUCCCAGAAAAAGGGCAACGCCAACGCUAGCAGAGACAAGGAGAACACCACACCGCCGCACUCUGCGACGGAGCCGAGUCACACCCCCAUCUGGGCUGAGUUUUCCUCGCAGAGGCCGUCCGAAGACUAUCACGAGAUCACCACCACCACUACCAUUCCGCUUGCUGUCCAGCGCGACAUUGAGCAUGAAAUCGCCCUGUACACCCCUGCCGACUACACCCCCACCAAACAGCGCAACUUCUACGACGUCGACAAGCCCACCCUGCAGCAACGCCACCCCUCGGGCGGCUCGACGCGUUCCAAGUCCCGCCCCAAUUCGUGGUACCUACCCAAGAGCGCCUCGGCCCACUCCUUCGUCGAGACGCUAUCGAGGAAGAGCGAAGAGAAAAAACAGACGCUUGGGGGCAAAGCACAGACAUUUGUAGACAACUGGAAGGCGAGGGGGGAGUCAAGACGGCCCUCCGCCGAGGAGUCCACACUGCGCCGUACCAAUUCUCAGAAACAUAAAGGGGAGGACGAGAAGAGGCAGGUCGAGUCAGCGCUGGCGUCGAAACGGGGCUCCAAGGUCAUGGCGGCUGUUGCAGCCAUCAACGGUCGUUCGACCCAGCCGGAGCCGGAGACGCCUCUUGAUCAGGAGCAAAUCGACGCCGAGUUUGAGGCUGUGCUGGAUUCUAGGAAUAUUCCCGAGAACUUGCGCUCCAAGAUGCGCAGCUUGAACACCCGUGUCAAGGCUGAUUUCAUCAGCAAAAACAAGAUCGAGGAACCAAAGUCAGCAGUCGAGCCGGUCCAGAGAACAUCGAUUUGGGGAAAGCCUACAGUCGGCCGCAGAACCACAUCCGAUCAAAGCAGCGACCGCAUCCUUCCCGACUCCGACGAUCCGGCAAAGAGCCCCAGACCGCGUAGUAAGACCUUUACGUUCAGUAGAGGCGAUAAGGGUGAGAAGCAAAAGUCUGAAGUGCCACCGCCCGACAGGUCCUCCAAGAGCUACGACGCGCAGAAGUCCCCUUCGUCAAAGUCGCUCUCCUCUGCCACAGGAUCCUCUUUUUUCAGCCGCGCCCCCAAGGCUGCUACGCCAGAAGAGUUCGUCGCGUACCUCAGGAAAGUUCAGAAGCCUGAACUGGUCGAGGUGGGCAAGUUACACAAGCUCAGGCUGCUUCUAAGGAAUGAGACGGUUGCUUGGGUCGACGCUUUCAUCUGCCAGGGCGGCAUGAUGGAGAUUGUUGGCUUGCUCGAACGCAUCAUGCAGAUCGAAUGGCGGGAGGAGCAUGAGGACACUCUUCUGCAUGAGUCUCUACUCUGCCUCAAGGGACUCUGUACGACCAAGAUUGCAUGUCAAAAGCUAUGCGAAAUCGAAUCCACCCUGUUUCCUGCGCUUUUGGCCAUGCUCUUCGAUGAGGAACACAAAGGACCUAGCGAGUUUACUACUCGCGGUCUCAUCAUGAGCCUUUUGUUCGCCCAUUUAUGCUCCGCUCUUGAGACACCAGAAGAGCUCCCCGGACGCGCGCGUACCAUUCUGAAAUACCUUCAGGGACCUCAAAAGCCUGAAGAAGCCCGUCCAGUUCCAUUCAUUCUGGAGAUGCAUCAGCCAAGGCCCUAUCGGAUUUGGUGCCAGGAAAUUGUGAACGUAACCAAAGAGGUAUUCUGGAUCUUCCUCCAUCACCUGAAUGUGAUCCCUUUCGGAUCAGACAGCUUGGAAAACGAUGGAAACAAGCCGGCUAUGGACGGUCAGAAGUUUGCCCAACAUCACUUUCCCCAGCCGCGCCCGCCGGUCCCUGCCGCUCCCUACGUCGGAGGCGUGGAGUGGGAUGCAACCAACUACAUCUCCACCCACCUCGACCUGAUGAAUGGCAUUCUUGCGUCGCUUCCGACCGUGGAAGAGCGCAAUGAUCUGCGCUACGAUCUCCGUGCUUCCGGCUUCGAGAAAGUUAUGGGCGGCCAACUGCGCACUUGCAAAGAGAAGUUUUACGGCGCGGUGCAUGAUGGCCUCAAGACCUGGGUCAAGGCCGCUGUAGCCGACGGUUGGGAGGUUAAAGACGUGCGCAUGGGCCUGCGGGAAGACAAAAUCAUGUCCCCGAAGAAGGCAGGCCCAAGAAAGAAGGUGGAAGCACCGCCCAAGAUUGAGACUCCCAAGGUUGAAAUACCUGGUCUUGAUUUUGGCAGUGAAUUGGAGAAGGGGUUGAGCCACGAAAGAAAAGAAAAUGCCGGAGACUUCUGGCUUUGA